UACACACAGAUACGUGUACAUACAAAGAAAUACACAUACACGGACACAUGUACAUACACGCACACAUGCAGACACACACGCAGACACAUGUACAGAUACACACAAGUACGUACACACAUCCCCCCCCCCAUAAAAAGUUGCAGUACUUUAUUGUUCACUCACAGAUACGGGUACUGCACUCUAGGGGGAGGCAGAGAGCACAGCACACACUCCUUUCUUGCUUUCACUACGCUCAGCUAUUGAGCAGUCUGACAGCUUGCAGUGCCAAUGACAGAUCCGGCCUGAGCUCCGAGCCUGCUCAGCAAGACGGUCCUGAGGGACACACUCGCCCCCACCAUAAUUUCCACUCGCCAUUGGCAAGCAGGUGAUUGGAAAUUUCAAGCCCUGCUAUAAGUCA